CUCCGCCGUCGGAGGGCUCUCCGCCCGCCGCCCGCCCUCUCUAUGGUGCCCGCCCCGCACCGCCGGCAGCCUGCGGCAGCACCGGCCCCCGCGCCUCCACGCCAUGCCGGCUGGCGGGUCCCGGCCGCCCGAGCCGCCGCGGAGCUGAGAACUGCUAGAUAUAUGCUGAAUCUUUCAUGCAUAAAGGACUACCUCUUCAUGACCUGGUCAUUGUCUUUGACAAACUGAUGAAACCAUAGGAAAAUGAAUCUCUCUUCGUUGAAUUCUGGUCUAAAAAUAUCUGGAGGGAGAUUAAGUGUUUCAACAAGUAACGCUCUAAUGGAUGACAGAGACUUUCCACCAAAUGAUCUACAGAUAGACUCAAAGGACAGUCUUCCUGCUAACUAUAGAGUAGAAGGUUUGGCAUCUCAUCUGAUUCCUUCAGCUGAUGAAAAUGAAAAUCAACUUGACAGUGAUGGGAAUGAAGUUCUGACCAGUAGUAGCAUUCUUAUGGGACGACAGGAUAAAGGUGAACAGGAUAACAUCAAUAAUAAUGAGAAUAUGGACAGUGGAGAGUGGAUCCCAAGCUGUACGGAAAGUGAGACUGAGAGAAGAUCUGUAAGUGUCCAUAUGGACCCUCAGCUGGAGGAAAAGCCUGUUACAGAAAAACAGCCAGGUGGAAAAAGAAGUCCAAGAAGCAAAAGAAGCUCCAAUAAAAAAUCUAAAGGCAUUUCUACAGUGGGAGCCACAACGAUCCAGGAGGAAAAUGCUCUUAAUACAGAUACGGAUUUUGUUCAGGCUGAAAGUGCUGUUGAAGCAAAGGAAAGCUUUCAUCCAAAGGACCAAAAGCAAACAUUGCAGUCUCUUUUCUCUUUGCUCCGUGAAGAGGUUGAGCAGAUGGAUUCAAAGAUACUGCCCCUGUGUCUCCAUCAGAUAGCUGAGACCUAUUUUCAAGAGGAGGAAUAUGAGAAGGCCAUGAAGUUCAUUCAGCUUGAACGACUUUAUCAUGAGCAGCUGCUUGCAAAUCUUUCUUCCAUACAGGAGCAGUGGGAAAGAAAAUGGAAAACAGCAGUUCCCAGUCCAGUUACAACACUGAGGAAUUCAGAUAAAGAGCUGAGUGGCCAAGAACUGGAAAAGCUUACUAGAGUUUGCUCUUCACAUCAACAGCCACAGGCAUCCAGAAGUAAGCUAGUAGCUGCAGAAAAUACAUGGGAAAGCAGUUCUUUACCUCAGUUAAUGGAAUCCAGAACUUCAAAGGAAAGAGAAGCUACUGCUUUUAAAUCAGGUACUGAAACUUGUCCUGGCGUUGCACCAAAGAAAGAAGAUAAACAGCUGAGCGCUGUUUGCCCCGGUGAAAACAAAACUGGGAGACAGACAGAGGCAGCAAGUCUUCGGGUAGCUGCAGGAAAGGACCACAUGGAGGAGCAGCACUGCAGGGCUGAGUCAACGCUGGAGCCACACACCCAGUCCACAGGGACAGGGGGCAGGCCUUCCUCGGGCUGUUUAUCAUCUGGGGAUGCUGCUGAAGAUAACAGUCUGCAGCUGAGGGAAAGACAGCUCUCCAAGGAUGCAGUGAAAAUAGAAGGGGCUGGGGAGCCUGGAGUGAAACUCCCUCUUGAGCCAAUGGUAGAUGCUUUGGCUUUAACAGAUGAUGAUUAUAUGCCUGCUGAUUUGGUUCCUUCUGACAAAGAUGUGCCAGCUGAUAGAAGUCUGCUCAGAUCAAAACAUGCUGCUGGGUCUUUAGAAAUUCCUAGCGGCCAGCUUGGAAACAGUGAUUUAAAGCAGCAACAGAUACAGCCUGACGAUGAUGAUGAUGAUGAACAGUCUUCAUGGGACAGAACUGCCUCAGGUGAAUGCUCUGGGUGUAAUGAAGUGUCUGAGCAUGAGAGUACUGCCCAUUCACGGGUGUGCAAGGAAAUGCAGAGAGCAGCAGGACAGGAGGAGAAGGUCAAUAAUGAACAAGAAGACUUAUUUCUGAGAUUUUUGAAUGGUAACAUAAUAGACAGUGAAGAGUCUGCAGACUUAGCAAACCAAGAGGACUUUGACACUGUUCCAGAUAUUUCACCUGAACGAGCAUCUUAUAACUCCCUGGAAGCUUUAUCACUAGAUGACAGCUUUUCCUCUCUUGAUGAACUUACAAGAAGGAUAGAGAUUACUGAGAUUACCCCAGUGGAAGGAUUGGUGUCUAUACUAAAGAAGAGAGAUGACAGAGAUGGAAAAACAAUUGCUCAAGUCCAGCAAAGGCAAACAAAGAGAAGAGUGAGAUUCCAAGAAAUGGAAGACACAUUGGAUCAAGAUGAAGUGUCUGGUGGCUCCUGUGUUUUGCUGAUCCUGCUGUGCAUAGCAACUGUUUUCCUUAGCAUUGGAGGAACUGCACUGUACUGCACCUUUGGUGACAUGGAAUCCCCUGUGUGUACUGAAUUUGCAGCCAACAUGGAUUUCUAUUAUACACAGAUACUGCAACGUGUGGAAGAACUUAGACACUGGAUAGCCUUCUCAUAGCUGAAAGGAAUGGACACAGCAUGCUGAGAGCUCACCAGUGGUUACUGGAGAGAGUAGAGCAAAAUUGUGACUUCAAGUUCUCUGACACUUGCCACCUGCAGGUGAUGUGUAUUUGAUGAUAUACUUUCACAUGUACUUAGAAAUCAAGAAAAUUUUAGUUUAGCAAUCAGGUGGCAAAAAAAAAAUGUUCACAUCUGUUCACAACUGUAGCAGCGUGGUAUGGGAGCAUAAAAAGUUAUUAUCUUCAUCCUUUUGAAAGUAGGCAAGUAGCUUUUCAUCCACUUGAGCAAGUGAAGAAGAAAGAAGAAAAUUAACUGUCUUCUGUAUUCUCUCCCAUUGCCACACAUUGUGUAAGCAAUCUCUGGAAGCUUAGUAAAAGGACAGCUUUAAUUUACAGCUGUUUGUGCAAAGGUGUUGCCUCCAGCUAUCAUGCAAUAAGUCUCUGUUUUAUGGAAACAUUAUUUUUUUUUCUAAGUCUUAAUGGUUUUAUCCAUUUUAUUUCUCCUGGUGAGCCAUGUAAUUAUUUGGGUGGAGUCAGAAGAGUGCAUUCACAGAGCCCUCAUUUGGUAAUUACCAGGCUGACCCUGUAUCCUAUAUUCAGCUUGCAGUGAAUUUCAUGAAUGGGAUAAAUCUGCUGGCAGAUUUCACUAAAUUUCUUGGACCUUUACUCUCAGUAUCAUGCGGGUUGUUUUAGAAUUGGAAGGUUAAAAGAGAAAUCACUGGUCUCACUAAACACAGAAACUAAAGAUGUUUACUAAAUUAUUCAUAUUAAAUAAUCAAGUGGCUUUGGCUCAUUUUAAAGCACCUGGUAGCAGGUGUGGGGCUAACUGGGUUUUCCUCCAGCUAUGUCACUGACUUGGAGUAAUCACUUUGUGCCUCACUUUCUCCUCCAUAAAUGGGGAAUAAUGAUCCUUGCCUUUGUCUAUGAAUAUUGGAAUUAGGGCUCAUGUCUGAUUCAUCCUACAUCAGUGCACAGGAUCACAGAAGUGUGUGGCUGCAGCCUCUGCCAGUGAGUAAAGGUUAUGUAAAGGGGGCCUGAUCCAACAGAAGAGGCUCAGAGGUUCACUGCAGAUCCACAGGCUGUUGGUAUUCCAGGGCACUUGUUCCAGCCGAUAAAGCACAUUUGCAUUCAUUUGCCCUGCAGUUCUGUGACCUGUAUUGUAAAAUCUGUUCUUUCUCUAUCAGCUUUACAAACAAAUUUGGAUCAGUACAAAGAGUCAUUUUAAAUGGGUAUUUCUAUCACUUGGUGCUCAGCCCUCCCUGUGUGGUGGUGAGAGAAACACUGGCAGGACAGUGAAGGUGAGAAUCAGAUACACAGGCCUUGGGCCACGCUCUGUGCAGGUGAGGCAGCUGUUCUUGCACAGGGCACAGUGGUGCAGCUCUGCUCUGUCCAGGUGAGGCAGCUGUUCUUGCACAGGGCACAGUGGUGCAGCUCUGUUCCAGGUGAGGCAGCUGUUCUUGCACAGGGCACAGUGGCGCAGCUCUGUUCCAGGUGAUGCAGCUGUUCUUGCACAGGGCACAGUGGUGCAGCUCUGUUCCAGGUGAGGCAGCUGUUCUUGCACAGGGCACAGUGGUGCAGCUCUGUUCCAGGUGAGGCAGCUGUUCUUGCACAGGGCACAGUGGCGCAGCUCUGUUCCACGUGAGGCAGCUGUUCUUGCACAGGGCACAGUGGUGCAGCUCUGUUCAGGUGAGGCAGCUGUUCUUGCACAGGGAACAGUGGUGCAGCUCUGUUCAGGUGAGGCAGCUGUUCUUGCACAGGGCACAGUGGGGCAGCUCUGUUCAGGGGAGGCAGCUGUUCUUGCACAGGGCACAGUGGUGCAGCCCUGCUCCAGGUGUGAGUGUGAAACAAUUCCUUUACACCUCAGGAAACAGCAUUUUUGAGGGGCCCACUUCACUCCACCCUGUGAUUCCCUGCUUACUAACCUUGUAUGAUGCAGUGUGUUCAGGUUUAGGACAUUAUUUUGUAAAAUGCUAUGAAGUGAAAUCUUUGAGAUACUGCUCAGAAUUCUAACAUUAAAGAUCAUGCUUUCUGACAUUUGCAAGCAAAUUGUCCCUCUAGUGAGCUUGAUUGUUCCUAACGCACUGUUACACUUAACGGGUUUUUAAAGUGAAAGUUAAAAUCAUGUUUUUUUCUAGAAUAAACUGCAUGUAUGAUUUCUCUUUUGGUUUUCACUGUGGAGGCUUAGUUUAUUUAUACCCUAGGGAGCCUCAUGUGCAGCUUUAUACUAAACUAGCAAAUUUCAAAUGCCCAAAUUAAUGAAAACUUUUGGUUUUAGAAUGAAACUUGAGAAUGGUUGUUUGGGGGAUUGUUUGUUUGUUGUCUUCAGGAGUAUCAUGAUGAGGUACUUUAAAGGAGAAAGGGAAAGACACUUCUGUGUUUUAAAGUGUUACUGGCUGGUUCAGUUUAUUAUUUGAAUUCUGGGUUUGUUUGUUUAUUUAUUUAGUUUUUCUUUUAAAGAGAAGCUUAAUUUUCUAUUUUGGCAAUUUACUCACAGAAUAAUUAAAAAGCAUGCUUUCAGUUAAAGUAUGUAUUUAUAGUGACUAUGUAGUUAGAAUAUAUUUUGGGUUUCUGUAACUUUGCAUUGAGUGUUUCUGAAAAUUAAGUUUAUUCCUAAAGAGACAACUGUUCAUUUCAGCUUAAAAAAAUAUUUUUAACUUUUUGUGCACUUCAUCACCAAAAAGAUCAAGAGGUAUUUAUAGAUCUAUUUAUUAAAAAGUAUAUCAAACAUGGUUAUCAAAGAUCCACAACUUUUAGGUUCAUUUAAUUAAAACUAUUUAAAAACAAAUAUUUUAUUUUAACUAUAAAACUAUUUAAAAUCAAAGCAAUUUUUAAUAAGUAUUUCAGUUUCGAAUCGGUGAUGCAAAUCCUGGUGUUUUCUCUUUGUGCUGUAUUCCUGGUGCAAAGACUCACAAGUAGCAGCAGAACUGCCUAGAAGAGCAUGAGGAGGUUGGGCAGCCCAUCACCAACAGGUACCCCUGAAAAGUGAGCAGCCAGACGUUCUGGGUAACCCAGACACCCUUCCCCUGUGACUGGGAGCAUCUCUUCAGCCUUCCCCAGCUGUGCCAAGGCAGCAGCCCUGCAAAGUCUCCCAGGAUUUGAGGCAGCAGAGCGGGCACAUGUGCACAGGCUGUCCAGCUCCUGAUCUGAGCUGCUCGCUCCUCAGUUGCAACCAAGGGUUCAAAUCUGGAUCCAGUUUCUGCUGGCAUUCCUUUAUGAAAAGCUGAUGGUGCAAUUCUUGCUUCGUGUGACAGUUCUGUCGGUGCAAAUGGUCUGUAGUAUUGCCAAACUUGCAGCUAUCAACAGAACAAAAUUUGCUGUGCAUUGGAACUCCAAAGAGUGUGCAGGCAGGCCUGAUGUUGGCCUACUUACGUGGUCUGUUCUCUUUGGAAUAGUGGACAUUGCUUCCAGCUGGGAGACCUGAGGGGUUAGGGUCUUGCAGACAGGUAAAUCAAAGCAAAAAAUAAUAGUGGAUUUGAGUGGUCAUGACUCAUCAGAGUGUUUGAGGUAAAAUAAUACCAAGCAACAGCUCAGAUUGUUUCAGGAGGAAGAAAGCAGUGAAAAAAGGCUUCCCCUUCACACACAUGCUAGGUGCAUUUAAAAGCCUUUUGUAUGUAACUUUUUAUUCAUUGUUUCCUUCCCUGAUGCUGUCUUUAUGGCUGUUCUCCUUGGCAAUAGGGGGACCAUACUGUACUUAGUUAAAAACAUUUGUAAUUGAUAGAAAAAUUCAGGAAAUGGUUCCAUACUUGACAGUAGUUUAAAAAACUUUUCAUAAAAUAUGACUGGAUUUCAGGCUGCUAGUGUACCUUCAGAGAAGUUGUGCCACUUAAUCUAGCACUCUGCUAGAAACCCCCACCUUCCUGUUUAUUCUUUGAGCAUAAUUAUUUCAAAGAGAUUCUUGUGAUAAAGAAAAAACCAACAAGGCUUUUUAUGUAGAUUCAGCAUUAUGCUGACAAAAGAUCUGACCACAUAAUUAACACUCUCACCCCAAACAGCCUAGACUAGACCAAAAAAGGCACUGUGCUGUAGUGUAGCACACUGUACUACAGGCUUCUUCUCAAGACAGCAUAAGGAAGCAGACAUUCCACAACCCAGGUAUGCCAGCAGAAGUUUGUGAUCUAGACACAGGCUGUGUUUUAAAUUUUUUUUCCAUUAUCCUUGGUUUCAUACCUGGAAAAUGCAUAGUAGCCCUGGUGACAAGGAGUAGGAGGUAUUAUAACAAAAAGGGAAACUCUCGUUUAGGGUUCUUGGUAGUAAAGGGUGACUUUGAACUGUCAAGUAUACAGAGUACAUUGGAAGUCCAGAUUCUUGUGUGACUGGGUACUGUUCCACUCAAUAACCUAAAGGGAUGACCCUCCUAAGGAAACAUGUUUGCCUACUUUGUACUGUAAUGUUAAACCAAGAACAUCUGAAGGGAAUCAAAGUUAUUUGUAACAAAUUUAUCUUAAGCUUCCUUUAGCAAAAGGAGUAAAUAACUGUCUUUGAAAAUCACCCAAGCUUGUAAUUUACAUACUGUAGCAAAAAAAAAAUAAAAUAAAAUAAAAACUGUCCCAAAGAAAAUACAUUAACCUUUUUGGAUACUGUGAUUUCUAAAUGUCUGAAAAGACUGAGAUUUUCUGUGAAAUUCAAGUAAAUGAAUAAUCCCUCCAAUAAGAAUUUCAUUAUUAAGCCCAAACCAGAAUGGAAAGUGAGGAUAAAAUGUGUAAGUUUGGUCUGGUUUUUGGUGCAGAUUUCCUGGGUGAUUUGUCUUUAUUUCAAUAGUUAAGCAAAAAACCAGUUUCCUCACAGAGCCUGGUGCUGCCAGACAGGUGGGUUUCAGGUGCUAAAAUGUUGCCUUACUGUAUCAUUGUGAAAGCAAAUUGACAGAUGGUGAGUUUCAGAAUUCCUAGUAAUUGGUGGGUGACCUGGAUAGUGGUCACCAGGCAUUCUGCUCUCUGAGCUCAAUUAAAUAAAUGAAAACACAAACAGUUGCGAGUCAAUCCAACCUAGUAGCCUUUGGUCCGAACAGGAAUGUAUCAAUGAUACAUUUUGCAACGCUUUCCUGCCUGUUUUUAUUCCUUCUGUCUCCGUUCCACUUUACCACUUCUUUCCCAGUAUGAGAAAGCACAUUUUCUAUCAUUCACAGGACCAUAAGGGAAUUGAGUUAGGAAGGGACCUCAGAAAGUCUCUAGUCUAGCCUUCUGCUCAAGGCAAGGUCAGCUGGGAUCAGACCUCAUUGCUCAGGGCUUUAUCCAGUUGGGUCUUGAAACCCUCCAAGGAUGAAGACUGCAGAACCUCCUUGGGCAUACUCCUCUGCCUGGCUGUGCUCAGGGUGAAAAGGUUUUUCUUUAUACCCUGUAUCAUCUCUUUCCAUUUGCUGUCUCUCAUGCUCCCCAUACUGCUGCAAGGGCGUUUCUUAGUAACCUCCUCAGAGAUAUCAUCUCUUCCCCAGGCUAUACACUAUUUUCUACCACUGUCCUUCUGAUUCUUCUCCCUUUCUUGUCAACAGAAUCUUCUUUCCUGACAGGAAUCCAGAAUUCUUCUAUUAAAAUAGAGAUCCUCCAUCCCUUUCCUCUUCCAUGUUACACUCUGAAAUUCAAUAAUAAGACUUAGCAAUGAGGCCACAGGUAAAACUGAAAUAACAAUUGCAGCUACUCUUGCAGUACAAACUUGCUGACUCUCACUGGCUCACCAGUGUAUAGCAGUGAUGGCAGAACUUACACUGAUUCUUGUACUACUCUUAAACAGCUGGUUUUUAAAGGACUGCUUGCUGAUGGUCAUGUCCAUGUGUCUUAAUGAAAUAUUUCAAAUAUUUUUCUCUAAAAUAGCUACCCAAGGAAGCCUAAAAUAUUUAACUAUACAGUCCUUUCUUAAAAAUGAAUUUUUUAUAAUUUGGCUCCUGUAGAAUUUAAGGCUCCUUUAUAUAAUUUGUGAUUUGUAUUACUUUGAAUUAAAAGUCGUGGUAAUUCAUUUUGUCAUAACAUAAGCCUAGGGUUUACUGAUUUCAGUAAUGUCCAAAUAUUGUGGUCAUCUCUUGAAGAAAAUGAUGGUGGGGAGUAGGUGCAUGCUGUUUUACAGUGUCUCUGUGACAGCUGUUACUGAACUGAUACCAGUGAAUUUCAGCCAAAGUCGUACACUUGUGUUCACCCAGAUUUGUUUAAUAUGCCAAACAGGCUAAAACAGAAAAUAUAGAGACAGCACUGAAGGACAGCCAAGAUAUGUCCAAUACUAGACCAAAGUCUUCCAUUAAUCUAAAAUUUUAAGCUGCUCUUCUUGAAAACAAGUUUGAAUCCAUCUUCACAUGACAUGAGAUCCAUCAGCUCUCUCCCUCUGCUUUUUGCCAAGGAGCUGUCUAGCAAAGUGUCAUCUUUUAGCCAAGCUGGGCCCCUGAUGUAGCACUCAUUUGUUAGGCUGCUGGGAAGUUUCCAGUAACAUUUCUGUCAAGUGCCAGUUAAUGAUCAUGUCCCCUUUCAUUGCCUGGCACUGAAAAUGAGUUUAAGCCCCACUGUUGUGCUUUCAUAGACUGAUCAACUUUACCAAAAACAGCUUUCAGAGUGAGAGCUAAAUGUUUUUCAGAAAGCACCACGUGCCAAGUACUACAAUGAGAAAACUUGACUGGUUUUGCCACAACAUGUCCAGACUGCACAGUUGCUAUUUGCAAUGCAUGGAAGCAGUGCCCAUGCUGUGUUUCCAGCAGGGCACCCCUUAAGCUAGCCAGGAUUCAUUCUGUUCUCUCAGCCCUGCACGAGAAGGGAGUGGUUGCAUCAGGAGUGCUGAAAGCAUACAUGCACUAGAAGUUAAGCAAUGUGAAAGAAAGAAGGUGAAAGAAGUUAAGCAAUGUGAAAUGUUCCUUCCAUGUAAACCUUACACCUAAAACUAGACGUGGUUUUUCUUUUUUUUUUUUUUUUUUUUUUUUCAGACUUUCAUAUCGGAACCAUUAGUUUCCUUUAUUUUUAUAUUAGAGAAAUACAGCAUUAAGCCAAUUCCUCUGUUUCUUCUCCAAAAAUAGGAAUUAAUGCUUUUUGCCAGAGGGAACGUGCAUCUUGCCACAUGAUGCUGAGAAUCUUCGUGCUUGUACAGCUUUUCUGCCAGAAUUUCUAAUGAAAUGGAUGGAUUGUUUCUGAGGCUAUCAGAGUAGCAAGAACAUUUUCACACUACUUUUCCUGAGCCAGCUGAAUUCAGUGCACUAUGGAAGGGACUUGCAUAAAAAAAGGGAGUGGAACAUUUGAAUCACUAAGGAUCCGUACAGUCAAUUUCAGCACGACAAAAUGUCAGUAUCUACCAUCACAGAAACCAGCAAGGUUGCUUCAAAAGACCCACCAUAAAUAAUAGAAAAGAGUAUGUUUGAAAAGAGUUCUAAAGCAAAAAAAAUAUAUUCUGAGGUUUCUAGUGACUUUUCAAAGAUUUGAAGAUUUAUGUAGAAAUUGGUAAAUAAGGGGGAACAGCUUCUCAGUGUUACACAAAGGUAAUGACGAAGUACCUUAUGGGUAAAAGGGCUGCAGAAAUAAUGCAGCAAAGACCUUAGAUCAGCUAUGGGAAUUUUUUGCUGGAAAGAAUAAAAAAUAUUUCUGAUAAAGGUAUCUAUCAGUGAUGGGUUUUUUUCAUCAGAUUUUACAGAAACAGAAAAAACACACAAUAGUUUAGUGACAUCAGGGAGGAAAAGGGACUAAGGAUUAAAGUACUGUUAAAUUCUUUGUAGACUCCUUAGGAGCAAGUGGUUUGUACAAGAUCAUGUAGCAGGAAGAAGAAGAGCAAGAUCAGAGCUUAUGAAUCCUAUUUUAUGGUCUUUUGUCUGUUUCCAGUUCUCACUAGGACAACACAGAUUAGCGAAGAUAAAUCAGUAGUCUUUUGUUCAUAGUCUCUUUGACUUCACACAGCUUUGAAAAUUUUCUUUAAAGAUAUUUUCAUAUUCUUAUAAAUUUUGUGGUAAUCUUAAGGAAUCAAUUUUAUUUAAGGGAUGAAUAUCCUUUCUAGUAUGCAGGACAAACUGCAAAUGCCCUUUUAGCGUAUUUUUAGUACUUGAUAUCAUCAUAGCCAUGGUAGCUGGUUGCUAUUUACAUGUAUUAAAACAAAUGGUAUCAACAGACCACAAACUUGUGGGAACACAAAGUAUAAUAGCAAUUUCUAUCAUCAGAAAAUGAGGCUCAGGCUGUCUGCAGUUACUUUGUGUUUCGCCAUCUAACUCGUGCUCUGUUAAGUACUAGGAAAAUAACAAUUCUCAGCAGAAGGGGCCCUGCUGAGAAUCCUAAUCAAGGCACAAUCUCACAGCUCUGCUGGGCUUCACACAAUACCUAUGGCUGUGCCAAGAGGGAGGAAACAAAGCGAUGUGGAAAGAAGCCGCAGUCACCAGAUUCUGCCUCCUGGCACAAAUGAACUUCUUGUGAGGCACAGAAAUGUUUUGACCAUAGAGCGGACGUUGUCAUCACUGUCUGCAAAUGUGAAAGAUGAAAAUCAUUUCAAAUGUUCUUGGCAUCCCUAAAAAAUGACUUUAAUAACCCUAUUUUCAUUUCAAUUUUUGUGUUACUGAAAGCUUUCCCUUGGUUGAAAGCAAAGAAAAUUAUGCAAUUUUUUUUUGAGGGUUUUUUUUGAUGUGUACUGUCUCUGGUAUUUUUCUAUAAAUAGGGAAUUACUUUUCUGAGUCAAUUCACUGGGUAAUAGCCCAUGAUUUACCUACAAAGGCAAAGUAGAUGGCCAUUAGCAAUAAGUGACUCAUGUAUUAUAAAACAGCCCCAUUAAAAGGAACCAUCCCUAUCAAGUCACGCAGUAGGAUGAUGAAACAAUAUUUUCAGUGAAUAAGCUGAAUUUUGCAAUGCGUAGCAAGCCUUGCACAGCCCACCCACACUGCCAGCUCAGUCUGGCACUUUGUUGCAAUUUGUGCUGGGAUCUUUCAUGGCUAAAAUUUCUCACUACAGAGCAGCCAAGGAGGCGUGGAUUCUUCUCUUUGCUCUGUUCACCACAGGGAUGCCCAGGAUGCCAAGGGUUGUCUUUAAAGACACCUGCAGCUUCAGCAAUGAAACCCCAAAACUGGGAAUCAAACGUUCUGCUCCCCAGAGAUCAAGCAGUGUCUUUUAGGACUGAGCCUGAAAUUGUUUUGCCUUCAGUCCAGCACAGAAGAGACUGCACAGCUGUCCUGUGGUACUGAAUCUUGCUUAAAUUAAAUCAUUAAAUUUGCUUAAAUUAAAUUAAUUAAAUUCAUUAAGUAGAUAUGUGUAGUAUGAGGGAUUGAAGACCUUGGGAUCCCUGAAAAAAGCAUCAUGGAAACCCUAAAAAGACUUGUAGAAAGAUCUGAGUGGAAGCGGUGUUGCUGAGACUGCCUCAUGAUUUCGCUAUCACUCAGAUAUGAACGCGUUUCUUAAGGUAAAAAGGCUGCACUCUGUGGCACUUACAUCACAGAGCACUUACCAUCACAGUCAUGAAUUUAAAUAUGGUUUAACAGGUCACACUAGAUCUCAGGGUAAAUUUAAUUUUAUUUUCUGGCUAUUGUUCUGAACUGCACUGUUAAAUAGAAAACUACUUUCUUUCCAGGUUUUGGGGAAGUUUUUUGUUGGUGGUCGUGGUGGGUUUUUUUCCUAGUCCUUAUAUUUUUUUUUACAUUUUAUUUUCCUCAAAUCUACAUCCCUGCCUCUGGACAAAAUCCUCAUUAACUAAUUGGCUCAAUAAUUUUUAUUUUUUUUAUGGCCAGAGAAGGAAAUGGCUGUGGCUGAAAAAGGCUGUGCUGUGACAUGGUUUGGAGUAGUUGGCAGGAAGAGCUGAUGAAGUGCUAAGAACACAAACCUGGAACUUGGGAGGGUUUACUUUAAUUGUCUGCUCUUCCACAAAUUUUCUGUGUGUUCUUAAGCACAUCACUUAAUUCUCCUGUGUUUCAGUACCCUGCAUCUGUAACAGGGACAAUUCUCUGAAGCUCCCUGUGGCAGUGCUCAUUCUAAUGAUCCUGGGAGUGAGUGAAGUCAUGCUAAUUUCAGAAGUAACACAUUUUAAGCAACAUCAGCAACUUGCUAGUCACGCUUUGACUGAGAUGGUUACCCUGCAUUGUCACAAGUAAUUGCAAUGAACCCUGCAUCUGAGAAAAGAAGGGAAGAAAACCCUUCUUGUUAUUCACUUUCUUUUUUUGAGUUUUCUCUGAAUAUGAAAGCUGUUUCAGAGAGGCUACAGGAAAGAAGUAUGGAGCAAUAGGGAGAUACACUUUAAUAUUUCUGUGAGCUGUUGUGCUGUGCCAUCAGGUGAAUAAAUUGCAUUCAGUUUUGGGGGUUUUUUGUCAGUUGUUUUAGCAUCAUAAUGACUAUACUGUGACAUUUUACAGCUAUUUUAAGAUACCUGUAGAAAAUAAAAACCUGUAGAAAUAAAAACUGC